AUAGUUGGGUCUCAUGUUUACGUGGAAAACAUGGCGGCGGACUAUCCACAGGGAUACUGCACUUAGUAACCGCGACUGGCAGCAAGCUGGCAGCCGGACGAGACACACGUUAAACCGUUAGCUUUUAUAUUAUUCUCGCUGGUAUUUCGCAUGAAGCCGUUCCCCUCUCGUUUCAGCCACAGGGACCGCGGAGAUGGAAGACGAGGAGAGGCAAAAGAAGCUGGAGGCCGGCAAAGCAAAGUUGGCUGAGUAUCGCCAGAGAAAAGCUCACGCGGACUCCCAGAAGAAACAGAAAAAGAAGAAGAAAAAGAAGCCGGGAGAGGACUCAGAGGGGGAUUUGCAGAGAAGGGUGGAGGUUGAGCCGGAUCCGUGUUUAAGAAGAGAGGAGGUCUCGGGUGGAGGACAAGAUGGAUCACAAGAAGAAAAUACAGACCCACCCACCACAGAGUUUACCUUUGCCAGGACACUGCGGAGUGGAGAGACUGUCAAGCAUAACCAGACCUACACCAUAGAGCCGGAGAGCGAAAUGUCCACUACUGCUGAAGAUUAUUCGUCAGAGGUAAAUGGGUGCCAUGAUGAGAUGACAGAGAACCUAAUGAUGCCUUCGAAGGAUUUUAUCUGGGAGGAGGUGGAGUCCCUGCAACAGGUGACAAAGGGAGGUACGAUGGAGGACGCUCUAGCCUCCAAGACCCAGGCAGUGGAGGAGCUGAGUCGAGAGCUUGAAGAAAUCAGGGCUGCCUUUGGCACAGAGGGAGUACAGCAGCUGCAGGACUUUGAGGCUGCUCUGAAGCAGCGAGAUGGCAUCAUCACCCAGCUGACGGCUAAUCUCCAGCAGGCUCGUGAAGAGAAAGACGAAAUCAUGAAAGAAUUCCUGGAACUUACAGAGCAAAGCCAAAAACUACAUAUUCAGUUCCAGCAGCUGCAGGCGGGCGAGACGCUGAGGAACACCAGCCACAGCAGCACAGCAGCGGAUCUUCUGCAGGCCAGGCAGCAGCUCCUUCAGUACCAACCACAGCUGGAAGAGCUCCAGCUGAAGCUCAGUGAGAUGGAAAUGUCACAGGGCCGAUCAGAAGAAUCAUUCACGCUAAGGAUUAAUGAAAAGGACCUGCUAAUUGGUGAACAAGAACAACUUAUUUUGGGUCAGAAGCAGCUGCUGACAGAGUUGAGGACGACGGAGCAGUCUUUUGCACAAACACUGAAGGAGAACAAUCACUUGAUUUUAGAGCAAACUGCAAUAAUCACAGAACACGAGCUGUCGCUGACCCUGCUCCGAGAGGAACUUUCUCAUGUGGGACGGACUGCUGACGAGAGUAUUAUCAGCCCGUCAGAUGAGAAAGACCUGAUUAUAGCAGAGCAAGAGAGAGUCAUUUCAGAACGCGACUGCUCUCUUACCCAGCUGGAGGAUGAGCUGGAGUCUUCUGAAAAAGGCUUGCAUGACAGCCAACAGCGAAUAGCUGCAAGGGAGGCGGAGCUUGAACGAUGCAUGGAUGAGUUGGAGAGCAGUAAGUCUGACUUAAAAAGCUGUAAAAGUGAAUUGGAGAGUUUCAAUUUGGAAUUGGAGAAAGAGCGAGCAGAGUUGGAGAGCCUUACGGGUGAACUUGCAGCCUCCAGACAGAAAGAGCGAAUGUCCUCUAAUGAAAUCAUGCAGCUCAUGGGUACUGUAGAGGACCUGCAGAAGCGUUGCCACCAGGACAGCCUGUCUGAAGGUGACACCAUCCAACAAAUGCAGGAAGAGACUCUGAGGAAGCUCGAACUUCUCAGGGCAGAGCUGGAUGAGAUGUACGGCCAGCAAAUAGUCGAGAUGAAACGGGAGGUUAAUUUGCAGCAUGCAGCAAAAGUGGAGCAAAUGGCCGAGCAACAUCACGCUGAGCUUGAGCUUCUAAAAGCUCAGCAACUGUCUCAAAGCUCCACUGUUGGUGUGGAGGUGGACACGCUCAAUGCUAAGAUUAGAGAGCUGCAAGGGACAUUGGAGCAAUCCCAAGCCAUGCAGGAUAAAGCCAGACAUGAGCUUCGCCAAGUCGCCCAAGAGAAGUUUAACCUGCAGGCCAAGGUUCAGGAUCUUCUUCAAGAUCUCCGUUCUGCUAAAGAAAAAGUGGAGCGGGUCUCCCACAGUCUAAUCUCUCAGGAAAGCCAACGUGGUGAACUGCAGCGCCUCCAAGAGACCAUCCACAAUAUAAAGAGUGAGCUUGCUGCUGUCCAGGAAGCAGCACAAGAAAAAGAGAUACAACACGACUCUGAAGUAACCAAUUACAAGAUCAAGUUGGAGAUGCUGGAGAGGGAGAAAGACGCCGUGCUCGACCGCAUGGCGCAGUCACAGGAAGCAGAGCUGGAGCGACUGAGGACUCUGCUUCUGUUUAGUCAUGAGGAAGAGCUAACUCUUCUUAGGGAAGAUUUGCAAAGGGAGAGCUUCCUAAACACAGAAAACCUCCUCAAUGAAGCCGCUAUCAAACACGAGAAAGCGCUGGAUGAGCUGCGCAUUGGUUAUGAAGAAGAACUGCAUUUGUUACGUAGGGAGAAGGCAAGUUCUGCCACAGAGCAAGAUGAACUUUUUCACCAAAUUGUUGGACUAAAGGAAGAUCUAAAGCUUGCUCUGCACAGCUCCAAAGUGGAUGCGCUUGUCCAGCAGCUUCAAGAGCUUCAGGUGGAGCUUGAGGAACUGAGAAAGGGAGAAGGAGAACGAGCUCGACUGGAAAAUGAAAUUCAGUCGUUACUUAAAAAGACGGAGGCGCUUGGCAACCAGACAAAAGAGAGAGAACAAUGUUGGGAGAGCAAAUGGGAAGGGCAUGAAUUAGAAAAAGAGGGAUUGAUAGAAUCUAAUAACACUUUGAAAGAAGAGUUGGACUCAAAAAUCCUGAAAAUUGAGACACUUGCAGCAGAGAACAAUCAGAUACAGCAACGACUAGUUGGGCUUUGUGAGGAAAUUGAAACGCAGAAGACUACUUUCUCAUUUGCUGAGAAGAAUUUCGAGGUGAACUAUCAGGAGCUAAAGGAAGAGUACUCGUGUCUUAUUGAAGCGAAGACACAGCUGGAGGAGAGGACGCUGAAGGAGACACUUGAGUUUGAGGCAAAAAUGUCCAGCCUUCAGUCACAGAUUCAGGAGCUGGAGGAGAGCAGCAGAGAUGUAAAAAUGGAGGACAUGAAAACCGAUAGACUGGAACAAAUUGUGAUAGAAAAAGAUACUACUGAGCUAAUAGAGAAGUUUAAUUUUAUUUUGAUUGAGAAGGAAAGCCUGGCUGGGAGGCUUUCCGAAGUUACAGAGCAACUGAUGUUUACAGAGAGCAAAGUUGGACAGCUGGAAGAAGAGCUGGCGAGAGUGAGGAAAGCGAGUGUGAAGGUCAUCACACAAAGUGAAAGCCUGGGGAAAGAACAAGAACAGAAGCAAGAGAUUAUGAGAAAGAAGACGCGGGGGCAGGACGCACAGAGACAAUCUAAGCUCCAGCAAGAAGACCGACCCGAUGAACCAGUUUGUUCUUCUGGCGGGCAUCACCUUCAGAUUCAGUGUUUGCAAGAGGAGAUAAAGGCUCUUCAGUCCCUCUUACAGGCAACUGAAUCCGAGAGAUGCGGCAUCCAGCAGAACUCGGCGCCCCAGAGGCUUUCACAGGCUCCAUCUCCAGCAGCCACGGGGGAGGGACCUGUUGAAGGACGAUCCGCCCCGCACAAGCCCACAGCCUCAGGGUCAGGCCGGCGCAAGAGACGGCAGAGGUCGAAGCUGGAGCGCAAAGUGGGCACCCCUUUUUCAGACUGCAGAGAAGAAAAACAAAGGGAGGAGGCGGAGGAGGCAGAGGGGGAGGACGAGAGAGCAACAAGUGCUGCAGAGCAGGAGAUGCAGCCUCAGAUGGAGAGCCAGGUUAUGUCAUGUUCACAAGAGCGGGCCGGUAAGAAGGACUCCACUGACGGAUACCAGGGAGACAGAGACGACAGCAACAAACAGGUGAGCAGCCAUGGGACGGACCACCACACUGAGCCUGUCGCGUGUCGGGGAGCUGAGGGAGAGACUACUGAGCAUGGCGAGUGCAGGCUGCAGAUGGAGGCGCAACGCAUCAGCCUGUCUCAGAUCCACGCGGCCCAACUCGAGCUGCUGCAGGUGGAUUCGGACGCCCGCGCACAAACUCUGGAGCUGAAGCUGCAGAGCUGGAAAGAUCACAGUGAGCAGGAUGAGCCAAAAAUCUUCAAAUACCACAACAUGUUACAAGCUGUGUCAGAAGAAUGCAGUGAGAUCAUCCAGUGUUUUCAAAGGAUGUUUGGUGAAGAGGUUUUGAAGAGUGAUGCUGCAGAGGACCGGCCGCCCUCUUCAGUAGAAAGACCAGACUCUAGUGAAUCCAGCUCCGUCAUACUGGAGGCCAGAGAGCUCUACAGAGAUCUUCAGCAGGUGAAGGAAAGGAUUGAACAGGAACAUCAUCGACUGUCGCAGCUCCAGGCUCUGCUGAGAGCUGAUGGCAACAAGAUGACGGAGCUGCAGGUGGCAUACGAUGAACUGAAGAGCAGCAGUGAGAAGGAGCUCUCUGACCUGCGUGUGCAAGUUUCUAGCUCAAGCCCGUCUACAAGCAAAGAUCUGGAGGAGCGGGCUGGCGCACCAUCUACCUCCCUAACCAUGGAGCUAAAGAGGCUGAAGGCCGAGGAGCAGGAGAAGCAGCUCCAGCUGGAGGAGAGUCACAGACAAGAGAUGGAGCGUCUCCGAGCACACUACCAGCAGCAGGCCACAGAGAGUGAGGAGCGGUACGCCACCGAGCUCUUCAUGCUGCAGCAGCGACUGCAGGAGGUUGCAGGCACCCAGACCCACGACAGUGCUCCAGAGUCCAGCUGUGAGAGGAUGGAGGAGCAUGGAGAGGAACUAAAGCAGGUGCUGGGUGAGGAGGAGCUGUCAGAGGGAGGUGCGGAGUUGCGCUGGCCCAUCAGGUCUGCAGGCCUGACGGCACAGCUGCAGGCGCUGAGGAAAGCUCUCUACCACAAGUAUGUCCAAGAAGUAGCUGCUCUCAAAGAGGAGCACAACCGAGAGUUGAGGAAACUGACGGAGGAAAAGGAACAGGAGAGCAAAACGGUGAAGCGCCAGGAGGAGGGAGGAGAGAGAGGGCGGGAUCUCAACGGCGUUAACGGAGCGAGAAGCUCCAGUGAGCGCCUCGGGGCAGCUGGGCAGGCCGGGCUGGAAGACAAACAACACUGGGAGAGAGUGGAGGAGGAAGUUGCCAAGGCCAUAGUUCAGAUGUCCGUGGAGUUCGCGCAGCAGAUUGAGCUGGCUCGAAUAAACAAGCGUGCCUGCCAGAGGAGCGCCGCCAUGCAGACCAGGUCCGAUAAAGAGGAGGAGGAGGAGGAGAGGGAGAACGUGAACGUGGAGCGGAUGACUCCCAGAGCUCCUCUCACCUCGGGUGCCUGGGUGGAGGAAGUGGGGAAGGAGCGACUGGAGAGGGAGCUGGAGGAGAGGGACGCCGAGAUCCGAAAGUUAAAAGAGGAGCUGCAGAAAACCGAAUCAAGACCUGAGCAGGCCUUAAAGAAGACACAGGACGGUCAAGAGGAGUUUGAGGAAGGGGAAGACCCAGACGGACGAGGCGGGCCAGGAGUGAAGCAGACUGUUGGAGGCAAACUGUCAUCAGAGGAUGAUGGAGAGUCCUCCGAUAAGGACACUGAAAGAAAUGUCUUGCGUAAAGCAAACGAGAAACUCAGUCAAGUGCUGGUUGACGUCCUGAAGACCACAGCAGCAGCGGAGGAAACUAUGGGCCUCCACAUGCAGAGUCUGCGUGACGCUUCCAGCGGAGGGCAGCAGGCUGCACCGCCCGACUCCACCACACAGACGGCAGCCUGGCCGAGAGCCAACACCGAGCCCGCCAGACCUUUUGCAGCAGAAAGUGGCCAGGGCAACGAGACCGCCGCCGCAGCCGAUGUGAGUCUGUGGUCCGGGUUGACGGAGGCUGACGAGGGUCUGGAGGUGUCUCAGCAGAAGAUGGAAAGGCUGCUGCUGGGAGCGGGCACACAGCUGGAGAACGAGGAGUACCUGAUGGGAAUCAGCUGCCGGCUCCAAAUGGCUCUGGAGAAGAUGCUGAUGGCCAUCUCAGACACCACCAACCAGCUGGAACAUGCCCGGCUGACCCAAACGGAGCUGAUGCGGGAGUCCUUCCGCCACAACCGGGAGAUGAGCGAGCUGCUGCAGAAGCAGGAGGAGCUGCAGGAGAGGUUGUCAGAGGAGGCCCAGGCCCGCGAGCAGCUGGCUCUGGAACUGCACCACGCUGAGGGUUUGAUUGACGGCUACACGGGGGAACGAGCCGGGUUGGAGGAGCAGUUGCGUCAGAAGGAAGAGCUCCAGCUGAGCCUCGAGCAAGAGCUGCAGGUGACAGGCAGCAGGCUGCACGAGUUGGAGCAGGAGAGGCUUCAAAUGCAGGACGAGCGGGAGCUGCUGUCACGGCAACAAGACGCCAUGAGGGAGCACGCCGGUCCACGUGAGCUCCGCCUAGUUGAAGCUGCAAUGGUUGCAGCACCUGAAGCAGACCUUCUGGAGGAGACGGAGAAGCUGAUGAAAGAAAAGGUGGAGGUCCAGCGUCAGGCGGAGAAGGAGAACACCGACCUCUUGAAGCAGGUGAAGCUGCUGGAGGCGGAGCUUGAGGAGCAGGUCAACAAGGUGAUCGAGCUGGAGCACGAUCAGAGCUCCGAGAGCGGAGACCUCCGACAGCAGGUCCAAGCUCUGGAGAAACAGCUGGACAAGAACCGGAGGUUCCUCGAUGAACAAGCCGUGGACCGAGAACACGAGAGGGACUUCUUCCAGCAGGAGAUCCAGAAACUGGAACAACAGCUGAAGAAUCCUCAGAAGCUGCAGGCUGGGGCUGAGCUGAGAAACAAAGAGGUGGACCAGCUGACCACCCAGCUAAAGGAGAAGGCGGAUUGGUGCAGUGAGCUGCUGCUCAGCUCAGAGCAGCUGCGUCGUGAGUUGGGAGAGCGCGACGAAGAGAUUGACAAGCUGGAGAGCCGCAUCCGCGAGCUGGAGCAGGCCCUGCUGGCCAGCGCUGAGUCCCUGGAGAAGGUUGAACAAAAGAAGCAGAAUGUUUCUGUCACAGAGGAAAAACACGCUACACUGGAAGCUCAGUUGCAGACGGAGAGAGAAGCUCUGGAGCGGAAAGAGAAAGAGAUCUGUAACCUGGAAGAGCAGCUGGAGCAGUUCAGAGAGGAGCUGGAGAACAAGAGCGAGGAGGUGCAGCAGCUUCACAUGCAGCUGGAGAUCCAGAGGAAGGAGAUCAGCAGCCAGCAGCAAUAUCUAGAAACGAGGGACAGCAUGCUCCAGGUGAUGGAGGAGAAGGACAGGGAAAUAGCACUUCUUAAUGAACAAAUCACUAAGCUCCAACACAUGGGAACAGCCUCUGAUAACAAGGAAAUUGACGACAGGGAUGAGCUGAUUAAAGACUUUGAGUCCCAGGUGGAGUGCCACCGGAGUGAACAAGAGCGCUUGAAGAGGAAUAAGGAGGAGGAGCUUGACCAACUGAAUGCAGUCAUAGACAGACUUCAGCAGGAGCUGGCCAAUAUCGAGCAAAAGCAAGCCACAGAGGAUGACGAGGACACGAAGGCGGAGAGCUCCGUAUGUGGGGCAAGCAAAGAGGAAUACGAUGAGUUGAAGCAGAGAAUGGACCUGGCCACCAAAGAGAUCAACACUCUCAAAACAAAGCACAGUAAGCUGUUGGAGACAUACCUGCACCUGAAAGAGAGCGCAGAAGCUUUAGCUGAAAGUGAAAAAAUGGAGGGCUCAGGGGGUGAACUUGAAGAUGCUCUCAGAGAGAAAACUGCAGGCCUUGUGGUAAUGCAGGCUCAAGUACAAGCUUUAGAGCAGAGUGCAACAUCCAGAGUGGAAGAGUUGGACCUGUGCAUCCAGCAGCUCAAGGUGGAGGCCGGUGAAAAGGACAGCGAGUUAAGCCACUGUCUCCUCCUCGUGGAGCAAACGAAAAGCUUUGCAGCUGGUCUCCAACAGAGGGUCUCUAAUCUGGAGGAAAAUCUGAGGGAGAAACUGGCUUCAGCUCUUGUCAGCCAAGCCACACUGGAGGCUUUCCAGCAACAGCAGUCACAAGGAUCCAAAGAAAACCAGGACCAUCAGAGUCCCGCUGAGCCAAAUGUGCAGUCAAACAUCUAUGACUUUGGUGACUUCGGUAUUCCCCAAAUGGAUUUCGGUGGAGUUGGUCAAACGAGACAAGUUCCCACAGGGAAGGUGGUUCACCUGACCCAGAGGCUUCGGGAGCUGGAGGUGGGACUCAGUGGGAUGCAGAAAGACCAGGAGCUCCAGAAGCAGCUGCUCUCCAGCUCUGAGGAGGAGGUGCUGGAGUACGAGAGGAGGCUGGCCGUGCUGAUGGAUCUGCUCAGUCAGAUGAAGGCCAGGACACACCAGAGGACAUUGCCUGCUGUGGGGGCAUCAAUUCCUGGUGGUCAGCCAGCUGCUGUGACUGAGCUUCUUCAGGAGCUGCAGGAGGUUGGAGACGAGGCCUCGGCCACCAAAGAGCAGCUCGACUGCUACAAACAGAGCUGCAGCAAACUACAGGAGGAGCUCCAAGACAAAACCGUUACAAUAGAGAGACUAAAAGGCCAACUUCAAAAGGUAUCAUCUGGCGGCCCUGAGGAGACCAACAUGUCUGAGCUUCAGCGGGAGUUACUGGAGGCUCAAAAGGAGGCAGCUGCUGCCAAAGAGGAGCUGAACAGCUGCAGGGAGAGCUUGGACAAGCUCCAGGAGCUGCUGCAGGUACAAGCUGAAGAAAGCAGAGCCGACAUGACGGAGCUUCUCCAGGAGGUCAAAAACGAUGCGGCUUCCACCAAAGAGGAGCUCAAUAUCUACAGGCAGCAUAAUGAGAAACUUCAGGAGGACCUCCAAGUCCGCGAAGUUUCCAUUUCUAACCUCAAAGAGGAGCUCCAGGAGAUGAGAAAGAAUGUGGAAACCACCAAACAAGAGCUCAACAGCCAGCGGCAGCACAAUGAGAAACUACAGAAUGAACUACACGUCCGUGAGCUCUCCAUUUCUAAGCUCAAAGAGGAGCUCCAGGAGCUACGAACCGCCUGCAUGAAGACAGUGGAUUCUGGUUCUCCAGCUCCCUCUCCCUCUCCUCAGCCCAUCUCCUCUGAUUCCUCCUCCUCCACCACCCAACCGAAAAGGAAAGGAGGCAAACAGCCGGCUGGUAAAGGAAGCAGCGCCAAAGAUAAACCAUCUAUCUCCAGGAAAAACUCUGCCCCUUCCAGCCAGUCGUCCAACAAAUCUCACAGCUCUCGUCUGAACAGCAGCUCUGAGCAGCAACAGGUGGCGGUGGCGCACUCGUUCACGCAGACGGAACCUCUCCAAAUGUCCGACCUGGACCCGGAAAGCGAGUCUGCAAACAAAGACGAGAUUGAGGAGGUGAUCGGAGAGUUCCAGGAGAAGAUUGUACAGAUGCAGGAGCUUCACGCUGCAGAGAUCCUGGACAUGGAGGCUCGGCAUAUUUCAGAGAGCGAGAGCCUUCGUCGGGACACGCAGGCUCUGGAGGACGAGUGCAAGGCCCUCAAAGCGGUCAUCGACAAGCUGCGCUCCACAGAGGCCCCGUCAUCAAGACAAGACCGUCCCACGUCACUGUUCAAAGAUGGCUACACAAGUGACAGCAGCUCAGACUACAGCCAGCGGACUGGGUUUGACUUCCCACACUUGCAGCAGGAGUUCAGGUCGACCCCAGAGGGCGCGAGGAGAGAGACCGACGAUCAACUGCCUGACCGCAUCAAAACGUUGCUGCGCGAGGUGCACCAGGAGGGCAUGCAGGUGCUCUCUCUGACGGAGCUCCCUCUCACUGAGGGCGAGCCGGGCAGCCAGGUCGACGUCCCCAGCUGGCUGAAGGAGAGAGAUGCCUUACUGGCGACUGUAGAGUCUCUCAAAGGCCUCAUCACCCAGAUGCAGACACACAGAGAAACACAGAAGUCUGGCGGCGUGGACUGGCGUGCGGCGCUGCUGGAUGCCGUGCGGCAGGUGUUUAUGAGGGAGCGCAGCGUGCUGAAGAGCGCCCUCUACAGCCAGUUGGACCUGCUGGACACCAGCGACGCCAUCAUCCACCUCAAUCAGCUGGAGCGCAGACUGGCUGAACAGGACACCGAGCACAGAGAGGCGAUGGGGUCGCUCCACACUGCGGAUAGGUCCAGUCUCAUCUCUGAGAUUCAUCAGCUCCGAGGUCAACUCGAGCAGCUUCAUCAAGGUGCUCUACCUGUUGCGUCAUCGGGGAGUGAGCGUAGCAGGAAGGAGCAGGGAGGAGGAGCUGAUGGAGCAGCGGAGGCAGAUGGGCUGCUGGUGGAGGAGCUGAAGAGUGAACUGCUUCAGACUCAGCUGGAGCUGGAGACGACGCUCAAGGCUCAGCACAAACACCUCCAAGAGCUGGACACGCUCAGGGCAGAGGUAUCGCAGAAGGCUGCUGAGGUGGACACACUGAGCGACCAGCUGACUGAGGACAGGAAGAAGAGCAGAGAUCUUCAGUGGACCGUGGAGAAGGAGAAGUGUCGAACUGGGAAAAACGAGGAGAGUAAACGAGAAGAACUGGAGGACCUGAACCUUAGUCUGGAGGAGCAGAAGAGCCACGUGGCCCAGCUGACCCUGACCCUGGAACAGGAGCGCCAGCACUCCUCUCAGCUCUCCCAGCAAACCGACCAGGAGCGUCUCAGCCUCCAUCGACGCCUCCAGGAGUUCCAGGUCCAGCUGGAGACCGAGCGAGCCAAGGCCCUGGAGAUGAGCACUGCGCUGGGGAGGGAGCGGGAGCUGCGGACGGGUGUGUCCUCAGACAGCGGCUCCUCCAGUGAGCAGCGGGUCGAGGAGGAUAGGGGGGGGCACCACGAGGAAGGGAGUCUGCUGGAAAGACUGCAGAGGGAGCUGGAUGACAAACAUGCACAGGUGGUGCACCUCCUCAGUCAAGUGGAGGCUGAGAAGCUCGAGGUGGUACGGAAAGAGGAGGAGCUGACUCUGGGGAGUCAGAGGUCGAGACGGGACCAGGAGGUGCUGCUGGAGGCUCGGGCCAAGCUGGAGAGGCUGGAGGCGCAAAUGUCUGAGGCCCAGGAGCAGCUGGAGAGAGAGAUGGGGAGGAGGACGAGUCUCGAAGGAGAGAAAGAGAGACUGGAGGAGAGGUUGAACCAGUUCGCGGGGCAGAGAGGCGGGAGGGAGGAGAGCGGACAUCUUCAGGCCGAUGGCCACAGUCAGGCUGAGUCCAGCAACCGCACCAAAGACUGGGUGUUCCAGCAGAAGAGUGGAAAUGUUGUCGACAAGAUCUUGGACAAACUCAACCUCAUUUCCUCCAAGAUCCGCGGCAUGGCGAACCAGAAUACGGGCAGGCUGACUGCAGAGGUCGACAGUGAAGAGUUAUCUUUGGUGCAGUCCAAUGUUAAUGAGGUCAUCACUAUGCUGCAGCAAUCUCCAGGUCUACCCUCCGCCCCCGAGCAGAGUGUCCCCCUGCUAGUGGGAGGCUCCACCACCAGCUCCUCCAACUCCCUGACGGAGCGGCUGCUGAGGCAGAAUGCCGAGCUGACAGGUUUUGUCAGCCGUCUCACCGAAGAGAAGAACGAUCUGAGGAACCACACGCUGCGCUUGGAGGAAGAGCUCCGACGCUACCGGCAGGCUGGACUGGGAUCAGGCGACAGUUUCAGCAACAGGAGAGUUGUGUCGAAGGCGGACUCGUCAGGUAUGAUACUUUCCCAGGAGCGGGAGGCUUGGACGAGAGAGAAAGUCCGUCUGGAGAAAGCUUUACUUCUGGCCCAGGCCCAGGUGGCCCGACUCCGAGGAGAGAUCAGGACCGACGCCCUGCGAGAGAUAACGGGAUCUGAGGCUGACAAUGCUGCACUGAAGAGGAUGUACGGGAAGUACUUGAGGUCAGAAAGCUUCCGCAAAGCUCUGAUCUACCAGAAGAAGUAUCUGCUGUUACUGCUGGGCGGCUUCCAGGAGUGUGAAGAAGCCACGCUGUCGCUCCUCUCCAGGAUGGGCGGCCGGCCGGCGCUCCCCGGCCCCAAGGCCUUCAGCCAGCGACACCGGGGGCUGAUGCGCUUCCGCUCUGUCGUCCGAGUCUCUAUCGCCCUCUCCAGAAUGCGUUUCCUAGUGAAGCGGUGGCACAAAGCGACGGGGAGGAGCUCCACAACCUCCUGCAGCGUGAACAAGAACGGAGCAGGACAGAUUUUAGAGGUGAGAGACUCACCGUACCUUCACCCGGGCAGCGAGGACAUGUACAGAGAACGAGGAAGUGGAGGAAGUGCAGGAGGAGUCUCCGGCGGCAGGGGGAGAAGUGGACGGGAAUCCCCCCGAUCGGCUGUCUCCUCCACACACCACAGGCUUCACAUGGCCGGAGACCACGGAGCUCUCACCUGUUCCCACCUGCAGAGCUACGACCCCGACCGAGCGCUCACUGACUACAUCUCCAGACUGGAGGCGCUGCAGAGGCGGCUGGGGAGUGUGACAUCAGGUGCUUCUUCAUAUGCUCAAUUGCACUUUGGCUUGAGAAGAUAGACGGCGUCAUGUUACUUUGGCUUGAAGAAACUCAAGUUGCCUUUUCUCGUGCUGAGCGCUCUGCUGUUUUCUAUCAUUCUGGUGUGGACUGUAUCUUUCCAUGUGGACCAAAACACAUUUUUUUAUUAGUGUACGACAUGUUGUAUUCAGGCUUUUUGUCGCCAGCACUUGAAAAACAGCAAUGUUUGUAAAUGAAUCAGCCUCUGUGUUGUGGAUGAACUGCAAUCAUGUGUAUUUGUCUCAUGCUAAUUUAAGACCUUGUGAUUAAUUUAUAUGUUAUUGUGUUGUAUGGGUGGAGCGUUAUGUAGAGAAUGUUUGGGUUUAUCGUUAAGGAGGCUGCUACGGGAUAUUCUACACUACACUGUGUUUUGUUUAGGCCAGACGGACUACGGAGGACAUUUGUAGAGAACGUAUUUUUGUAAAGCGUAGGAGCUUUGAAUUUUAUGGGUAUUUUGUCAAAAACUGAAAUAAAGAGGAAUACAUUAUUUGAAA